AUGAUUUCAGAUGUUCAGAAAACUGCCAAAAAGGUCCGUGGAGAAAGCGCGAUGGUGAGACAGGUUGAUGAGUGCUGUCAAGUUAACAUUGCGAGGAUCGAAGUGGAAGUUCCGUUAGGCCAAACGGCCUCCCGAAAACCCGAGAACUUCCGGCUCGCUUAUUGGCCGAUGGUUGCAGCUGCCUCAUCAUUUGAUGAUUUGACGCCAGAUAGCACGCUUCCUACGACAUAUACGGGCAAACCUCGAUCUCAUUAUUCAAAAUACAUACCCGCAUCUCCAAUCCCAAACAAAUUCAAGAUGCCAGCAACCGAACCAGUCAGCUCCUCUGGCAUCGUAGUCGACCAAGUCACCGGACGACGACAUGUCCCCUCAUCAACUCGCGCCGACGGCACCAAACGCAAAGAAAUCCGCAUUCGACCAGGCUAUCAGCCGCCGGAGGACGUCAAGAAAUACAAGAAUCCAUCUGCAGAAGCUUGGAAAAACCGUGGGAGUGGUGGAGUACCUGGAGCUGAACCCGUGUCCGGUAGCAAUAAUAGUGCAAGUGCAGCAAGUAACAAAAACGCCAAACGUCGUGAAGCAAGGAAAAAAGCCAAGGCUGAAGAAGAGGCGGGUGCAAAUGGAGGGAAAGACAAAGACACCACUACCGCUGCUGAAAAGAAGGAUGUGACCAAGGAAGAAGCUGUUCUCGACCCGGAAGCUGAGAAGGAGAAGAAAGCGCGCAAUUUGAAGAAGAAAUUGAGACAGGCUCGUGAGCUCAGUGAAAAGAAGGAUAAGGGCGAAUCGUUACUUCCGGAGCAGUUUGCGAAGGUUAUUAAAAUUAAUGAAUUGAUUCGCGAGCUUGAUGCACUGGGUUUCGAUGCGGACGGUGAAAAGAAAAAGGCGGAUGUGUGA